CCCCAGGGCGGACGAGUAAACAUUCGCCUAACUUGACAGCGUGAGGGUGUGAACUCGACUAUCGGGGCUUUUCUCUUUUUAUUAUUAUUCUUCAGAAUGCAGUUUGAUUGAAACUUUCCCUGCGACUUUCACUUGAACGGAACACUGGGGGACCGGUGCCUUUUUCUCCGCCGGUGCUCCAGACUGAAUCGCUCAGCUGUGUGUGAAGGUGAAGCAGCGCUGCUAUGCUCAGCUGUUCGGAAGAGCGCGCCCAGCCGAGCUCGGAGCCCCGGCGAUCGGACACUUCCACUGCGACGUCUGCCCAGUCCUCCCUGCUCCAGGAGCCCUGUGCCGGCCGCAGCCACGCCACCCCUCAACCCCGGAUACCCAGCACCAUUCAGCGCGAAGCUCUUACACCAGACAUGCCCUGUGUGCAGGCUCAGUAUGGGCCCGCCCCUCCAGGCUCAGCCUACUCUGGCCAGUCCUUCGGUUACCAGGGCGAUAGCUACAGCUCUGACCUCAUGACCUCUGACUACACCAAGCUGGACCUUGGCGGUGGUGACAUCUCUGCAGCGGCCGCUACCACCUCCCUCCCAAGCUUCAACGUGUUUGUGGAGGGGAGCUACGAGCCCAAGUCAUCCUGCUUGUAUCAGAUGCCUCCUCACAGGCCCACUAUCAAGAAGGAGGAGGAGAGCUACCCGACUGCUCCACCCCUGGAGGCCAUGUCCUCCUCCACCAUGUACUUUAAACAGUCCCCACCCUCCACCCCAACAACCCCGUCCCUGCCGCCCCAACCAGGCACCUCCUUCCUGUGGGAGGAGCACUCUCUGGCCCCGCCAUCACACUCUCAUUCUCUGGGCCCUGGCAUGGACACAGGCCCUCUAAAAUCGCCCCGCUUUCCACACUUUUACCAGCACUCUCCACCUCACAGCGGCAGCAGUGUGGGCGGUUAUGACGGUCUAAGUGGAGGACUGAUUCGUACCUCAUCCUCUUCCUCUUCCUCCUCAUCCUCCAUCUCCCAUCCUCAUGGUCCACCCUUGGAGCAGCCCAUGUACCAGCUGCACCGUGGGGCCGGGGGCAGCAGCCUUGCCUUCCGCUCUCUGGCUCUCGGGCCCUGCGGUCCUCUGCUAGGAGACAGCCUGCCCUCGCCUCCCCAGCGUGGCCCCCCUGGUGAGGGAACCUGUGCAGUGUGUGGAGACAAUGCAGCCUGCCAGCACUACGGCGUGCGUACCUGUGAGGGCUGCAAAGGCUUCUUUAAGCGCACUGUGCAGAAAAACGCUAAGUAUGUGUGUCUGGCCAGUAAGAACUGUCCUGUGGACAAGAGGAGACGCAACCGCUGUCAGUACUGCCGCUUCCAGAAGUGUCUGAGUGUCGGCAUGGUGAAGGAAGUGGUGCGCACCGAUAGCUUGAAGGGGCGCCGAGGCCGUCUGCCUUCCAAACCAAAGAGCCCCCUGCAGACAGAAGCAUCUCCUCCUUCUCCACCCCUCAGCCUGCUGUCUGCUCUGCUCAGGGCUUACUCCCACUGCACGCCCCGGGACCUCGACUACAGCCAGUUCAGCGCUGCAGACCCUCCCUCCUCUUCCUCUGAUGCAGAGCACAUCCAGCUCUUCUACAGGCUGCUCACUGCCUCGAUGGAGACCACCAGAUGCUGGGCUGACCGGCUUCCCGGGUUCUCUGAACUUCAGCGUGAUGAUCAGAACUUGCUCAUAGACUCCGCCUUCCUGGAGCUGUUUGUCCUGCGGCUAUCUCACAGGUCCAUUCUGUCAGAGGAUAAACUGGUGUUCUGUAACGGCUCGGUGCUGCACAGGUUCCAGUGCCUUCGAGGGUUCGGAGAAUGGCUGGACUCAAUCCGGGACUUCUCCACCCAUCUACAGAGCCUAAACCUGGAUGCCUCUGCCUUUGCCUGCCUGUCUGCACUCGUGCUGCUCACAGAGCAAGUCCCAGGUCUGAAGGACUCAAAGCGUGUGGAGGAGCUGCAGAAUAAGGUGAUUUGUUGUCUGAGAGACCACCUGGGCUGCAGCCCGUCCUCCUCCUUGUCCAAGGUUACGCCCCCUCUGAGUCGUAUUCUGGGUUUAAGGGCGGAACUUCGUUCCCAGAGGACCCAGGGCCUUCAACGGAUCUUCUACCUGAAGCUGGAGGACCUGGUGCCGCCACCUCCGUUGAUUGACAGGUUUUUGGACACUCUGCCCUACUGAAGGCUCUGGACUGACCACACGGAGAAAAAAAAAAACAUCACGCCCUGUUCCCCCUCUUGCAGGAGCACGCACACACACCCAGAAGAGAGACUCACUUUCCUCUGGCUGAUGCAGAGUAGAGAGAGCCAAUCAAAUGCUUUUCACUCAACAGGACAACCAAUCAAGAGCGGCUUUCACUCAAACGGGCAAACCAACUAAAUGCUUUUCACUUGUAUAAGAGACAAUUAUUCAAAUGCUUUAUUACUUUUUAUGUGAUCCUCCUGAUUUCCUCAUGUGGGGGAGUAUGGCAAAGCUGAGAUGGAAUGUGGAAAGACAAUUGACUUUUUACUGUCCUCUCUCCACCUGGGUGUCGGCUCACCCAGCAGAAUAGAAAGAACAUCACGUUUAUGAGCCCUGUCUUUCCGACUCAUGCAGUCUGUGGACUUCUUUUGAGGGGAGGUGUCAGUGGGGCUGACUGUUUUCAAAUCUGACGACGUCCCAGUGAAGCACAAGUCACUGUGUAUUGUAGUUCCUCCUAAAAGAGAAGGAGAAGUUGGGCGUUUACAUGCUGAAAGGUCAGAGAACAGAUAGCGUAGGCAAGCAGACAGAUAUUUCAUAAACACAUGGAAGAGGC